AUGGGUGUACGGCUGUACACCCGUGACAACCAUAUACCUGUUUACGGCCGUGCACCAAUUUACGACCAUAAACCCGUGUACGGUUGGUGCCAGGAGAACAUCAAAGAUCCUCAUUUUGAUUCGAUUUGGAGCAUCUGGAACAUGUUUUCUUCGAAAUCAAACACCCUUGUUCUUGAGUUUACAAUCGUAACUCUUCAAAUAUUCAAAGGCCGUAAACCCUUCAAAAGACUGUUCACGACCGUAAACCUUGUUCACGGCUGUACGAAGAUUGUUCUCUUAUUCUCCAUCUGUUUUAUGACGACCUCUCCUCUUAAGACAGACUUCAAAACCCAGUUUUUGGGCAUCUUUCGAAUCCUCCUUAAAGCCAGCAAACGUGAACAGUUUGGGUUAUCUUGGAAACAAAUUCCUAGAAAAUCUCGAACGGGAAAGAUUGUAAUUGAUGCAAUUGUGUCUAAUCCCACAUUGCUGGUAGCUCAAAAGAGAAAUUAUUCGUGGUUAGGGAUACCAUCUAUAGAUGGCGUUCUUCAGAAGCAUUUUUCAAAUGAAGAAGGUAUUGAUAAUCAUACAAAAAUCAGAAGAAUUGCUCGGGAGCAAACUGCAGCCCGGAUGAAUGAAGAAAGAGAUGAUGCAGUUCGAGAGGAUGCUCAAAUGGGGCAUAUUGUUUCCAAUAGAGGAUCUAAUGUGUUAGAAGGUGUUGAUGUUUUGAAGAAGAAAACUGUAAAUUCAUUAGUUUUUUCUAUGGAUGAGAAACUUCGUUGGCAGGAUCAUCACUGCAUGGAUGCGGGUGUAGAGUUUAAGCUUAAGAGAAGGAAGGCUAAUGGGGGAGAUAUGCUUGUUGCUGGUAUAACAGCCAAAAAAAGAAUUUUGGAGCAUAGUGUAUCUGCAGCACAUGCAUAA